AUGAAACGCCCACAAAAUUCCAAAAAAGUCAAGGAGGAGAUCAUUCAUGACGUGGAAGAUAGUGACCACUCAUCAUCUUCCAAAAAGAGCUCCAAACAAGAAGACCAAAUCAAAUGCGAGCUAUGCUCUACAAUCUGUACUUCCAUCUCCCAACUUCAAUCUCACACAAUAAACGAACACAUUCCUGAUAGAAAGCCUUCCACAAACUCCGCCCCGUCCACUCAACGUGUCGCGUGUCAACAAUGUGGAGACACAUUCGACACGUUUGCACAAUUCGCGAUUCAUAUGAAGUCUCAUAUUGGCUCGCCGAGCUCUCCAAUAUUCUUUUGUCCAAUAUGUCCGAUGGGAGCACCGUUCAGAGAUAAGAAGUCCCAAAUAGAACACCUCACCACCCAACACCUCCAAAUCCAAAUGAACCAAUUCAUUUGCUCCGUCUGUGAUUCUUGCUUUGCCUCCACUCAGGCCUUCGCCCACCACUUUACGGAAACUCAUCACAAAAUAAUGUGCAUCGCCUGUGAUUUCGUGACAGACAAUGAGAAAGCCUUCAAGGACCACUCAAAAGUGCACACCCGACAAAUCGUCAUGUACGGGUGCGCCUUGUGUGCUUCCUCGUAUACCAACCAACAGAGUCUGAUUACUCACGUCCAAUUGGCACAUGACCAAGACUCCUACUACCCGCCAUCUCUUCCCAUCGCAACUACCAACUCCAAACCGGCUCCCAAACCACGUACCCUCAUUUGCUCCGUUUGUGACGAGACAGUACUCGGGGAGGAUGGACUCGACGAGCAUCGUCUCCGAAAACACUGCAAGAUCCGUUACGCUGACAAGUGUGCAGAUUGUCAAGAGCUUCUUCUUAACGAGACGACAUUCGUGGAGCACUGUAUUCGACACGCCAAAGACCACGCCCAUCAUUGUCCGGUAUGCCGUCAGAGUUUGAGAUCGGACGCUCAGAUUCAUGCACAUUGUUCGUAUCAUAUGCCACCGAUGGUUCAGAAGACGUCAGAUGAUUUCACGUCAUCUACAUCGUCAUCACCGAAUGGCUUGGCGGGAAUGGCGUUUGUGUGCCCGAUUUGUGGAGAGAAACUCGAGGACGCCUUCGCCCUCAUCGAGCACUCCAAACACCAUAUCUAA